CUCUCUCUUUUUCCUUAGGCGUCUUGAGCUCGCGGUGAGUAUCAUCGUUGCCGCUGAGAGCCCAUAAGACGUUGUUGAUCAAUCUUCAACGCCGGACGCGAGUUAUGGCUGUCAAGCUUUACAAGUGUGAUUACCUGUUCAUGUAAACUUCUUGGCUCAAUUACUUGCUGACCUUACUCUCCAGAGUCAGACUGACGUCCCCCUGAGAACCCGGCGAGCUCGGAUCCGGCCGUUUCCGUAGAUAUGCUACAGAUAGCACUCAAUCCGCUCUUCGUCCAGGAUCUAAACGCAUUCAACUCCAGCGCUCUCGACGCUCAGACCCCAAAACUAUGGAACUCUAGAAACAAGAAUCCAGAAAAUGGAAUAAACAAACUCUAAAUAUUGAGGGGGAAAUCGAAGUUGCAGAUGCAUUCGAAGGUGCUGGAGUGAGGAACAGAGAGAGUGUAGCAGCUCCGCCGGUGCUUGAGCAGCCAUUUCUGAUUUCUUCUCUCUCUCUCUCUGGUUCGCUGUCUCAUUCUCUUCCCGCCGGCUGCAGCCCAUGGAAGUUAAAACCGUUAGGACUGGCAGUAUCUUGGGCCGGGCUGGGCUCUGGAUCCUGAGUAGCGAAUGAGGAUCACUUUUGCUAUGACUAAGUUGUAGCCUAAGCUACAAUGCGUCAAUGAAAAUUAUACACGUCACGCACUGAACUCUCCGAACCGCGGACCUGAGAAAAGAAAGCUCAAACCUAUUGGGGUACAGACAAUAGAAGAGACGAGAAGAACGAGGGUUUGAAAUUUGAAGUUUGAACUCCACUGCUUCAAAUUGAUUUAGCAGAGAAAAAGAGAGAAAUAGAAAUCUUUCCGAAUCCUAGUGAAGGAAUGGAAACAUUCCCUCUUCAAAUGGAUGGUGAACACUGUCUAAGUUUAAACAAUCAAAAUGAAGGGGGUCUAGAGGUGGAGUGUAGCACUGCACAUAGACCAGGGUCAUUGAAUGUCUUGGAGCUAAAUGCUCCUGUAGAAGAAGCAGACCCAAAAGAAGGGGAGCCAUGUAGAUCAGACUCAUGGAAUGACUCACAGACUGAUGCUUCUGUAGAAGAUGUGGGCCAGAAUGAUGGGGAACCUGGUGAACCAGACUUAUCAAAUGACUUGCAGCCAAGUGCUCCCAUAGAAGAUAUAGGCCAAAAAGACAGGGAGUCAGAUAGACCAAACUUGUUGAAUGUCUCACAGCCAAAUGCUAAUUUAGAAAUAGUAGGUGGAGAAGGUAGGGAGCCAGAAGUCGGGAUGAAAUUUGAUACAUGGAAUGAUGCAUAUGUUUUCUACAGUCAAUAUGCUAAAUAUGUAGGUUUCACUGUCCGAAUACAAGGGGGGUACAGAACAAAAUGUGGUGUUUACAAAAACAGAAUAUUUGUUUGUUCGUUUGAAGGUCAUCGUUCUCAUGAUAAACGGCGACUACAUGUGAAGUUUCGUUGAGACCUUAGAAGAACUGGUUGUAAAGCACAAAUGACCAUUUUGUUGCAAGACAAUGGAAAGUAUUGUGUGACCAAGUUUGAAGGAACUCAUAAUCAUCCAGUUUUAUCUCUAAAAGUAUCAAAUAUGCUAAGGUUGCAUGAGGAAAUGAAAGUAGCACAUGCUGCGCAGGAUAGUCUCGCCAAUAAACCAAGGAAAUACCCAAGGGUAUAUCCAAGGAUAUAUCCAAAACCAAGUUUGGAAUUUAUGGGGCAGGCUAGAGGAAUUCAAAAACUUGGGUUUGUUCAUGCUGAUUACAGCAACUAUUUGCAUGCAAAGAUGAAGAGAAAUAAUUAUAACAAUUCUUUGAGUGUAAAGAGGAAGAAGAAAAUGGAAAAGGGAAGUGCAGGAGUUAUAUUGAAGUACUUUGAGAAUUUGCAAGAUGAGAACAUGUUAUCCUUCCACUCGAUUCAACUUGAUGCAGGAGAUCAAAUAACUAACAUCUUUUGGGCAGAUGUAAAGAUGGUCGCUGACUACAAUUAUUUUGGUGAUGUUGUUUGUUUUGAUACGACUUUCAGAAUAAAUGAUGAUGAGCAGCUAUUUGCAACUUUUAUUGGAGUUAACCAUCAUAAGAAAAUUGUUAUUUUUGGAGCUGCACUACUUUAUGAUGAGAGCAUUGAGUCUUUCACAUGGGUUUUUCAAUCUUUUUUGAAGGCAAUGUCUGGGAAACAACCAAAGACAAUUCUUAUUGGCCAAGAUUCAACAAUGGAAAAUGCAAUAAAGCAAGUGUUUCCUGAAGCAUAUCAUCGCUUUUGCUUGUCAUAUAUAUCGAAGUGCGGCUAAGCAUUUGAAAGAUACUUUUGCUACUUCUUCUUUUGAGAAAGAUUUAAGUAGAUGUAUCUAUGAGUAUAAGGAAGAGGAUGAGUUUCUUACUGCUUGGAAUGAGAUGCUUUCAAAGUAUAAUUUGACAGAAAAUAUUUGGUUGCAAGAAUUAUUUAAAGUGAAAGAGAAAUGGGCUUUAGUUUAUGGACGAAAUCAUUUUUGUGCCGACAUAGAAAGCACACAGAGGGAGAGUAUAAAUAGUUCAUUGAGAGGAUAUUUGAAGUCAAUUAUUGAUUUGUCUGAGU